AGUUCCGACGCUUUUAUACUCACGUCCGUGACGUCCCUUUUCCAGAAUCCAAAUAGUAUCAAUGAUGCAAUUGUCAUUAUAGUCUCAGCUAGCCAUCAAACUCGUCCUCUGUACCGCUAACAUGCGCUCAAAGACAAAAUCGCCUACUUCUAUGACGGAGAUGUGGGUAGUGUGUACUUUGGGCCUAACCAUCCUAUGAAGCCACAUCGGCUUUGUAUGGCACACCAUCUCGUUCUAUCAUAUGAGCUUCACAAGAAGAUGGAAGUUUAUCGUCCCCACAAGGCCUACCCUGUGGAGCUUGCACAGUUCCAUUCUGCUGAGUAUGUUGAAUUCUUACACCGGAUUACCCCUGACACUCAACAUUUGUUCUCACAUGAAUUAGCUAAAUAUAAUCUUGGAGAAGAUUGCCCUGUCUUUGAAAACUUGUUCGAAUUUUGUCAAAUUUAUGCUGGUGGGACAAUAGAUGCUGCACGUAGAUUAAACAAUCAGCUCUGUGACAUUGCCAUAAAUUGGGCGGGGGGGUUACACCAUGCGAAGAAGUGUGAAGCUUCUGGUUUCUGUUACAUUAAUGACUUGGUCUUGGGGAUCUUGGAGCUUUUGAAAUACCAUGCCCGUGUGUUGUAUAUUGAUAUAGAUGUCCAUCAUGGAGAUGGUGUUGAAGAAGCUUUUUAUUUCACAGACAGGGUGAUGACUGUUAGUUUUCACAAGUUUGGGGAUAUGUUCUUUCCUGGAACUGGGGAUGUUAAGGAAAUAGGAGAAAGAGAAGGCAAAUAUUAUGCUAUAAAUGUCCCACUCAAGGAUGGAAUUGAUGACACUAGCUUCACUCGGCUUUUCAAGACAAUUAUCUCCAAGGUUGUUGAGACAUAUGUACCGGGUGUCAUAGUUCUUCAAUGUGGGGCAGAUUCUCUUGCUGGAGAUCGCUUAGGCUGUUUCAAUCUCUCCAUUGAUGGUGCAUAUAUCUUUCUAGUUGGCAAUGGUUCAAUCGAUUUUGUUGUUGUCAACUUUUCCUUUGUGGCAACACUUUUUGCAGGGCAUGCUGAAUGUGUUCGGUUUGUGAAGAAAUUCAAUUUGCCCUUGCUGGUUACAGGAGGUGGGGGAUACACAAAAGAAAAUGUUGCUCGAUGUUGGACUGUUGAAACAGGAGUACUUUUGGAUACAGAGCUUCCCAAUGAGAUCCCAGAGAAUGAAUACAUCAAGUAUUUUGCCCCUGAAUGUUCAUUGAGGAUUCCAACAGGGCAUAUAGAGAAUUUGAAUAGCAAAUCAUAUCUUAGCACAAUAAAAAUGCAAGUAUUGGAAAAUCUUCGGUGCAUCCAACAUGCUCCAAGUGUUCAAAUGCAGGAGGUUCCACCUGACUUCUAUAUUCCUGAUUUUGAUGAGGAUGAGCAGAACCCUGAUGAACGAGUGGAUCAGCACACUCAAGACAAGCAAAUCCAACGUGAUGAUGAAUUUUAUGAAGGAGACAAUGAUAAUGAUCACAUGGAGGUUGGGUAAACUAGAGCAAAACACUCAUUGUUUCCUUUUUGAUAGAUUGUUUUGGUCAAUCUUAGCAACAUUUGGUUUCAGUAUUUGAGGGACUGAUGUAUUUAAAUUACAAAUUUUGGCCAAAUCAUGUUGUAAGUGUUAAGGGUUAUCACAUGUAUCUGCUUAUAUUGUCAGCUGAAUUGUUUUUAACUAGUCAAACUUCCAGUUCUAGUGAUAACACAGACAUAGCUUUAUUUCUUGAA